AUGAUUUUUCCGAAGAAAUGGAUGUUCAUGUUGAUUAUAUACUCGAAAUUCCUAGUCUGUACUGGCGAUGUCUUUGUGUCCUCAGACUUCAAACAUCAGCCUCGUUUUGACGAUGUGUACUUACCCACAAUUCAUCUGAUAACUGCAUAUUGCUCCGUUACUUUGUUGAAGUGUGCUGUGAUCUGCAAAAACGUUCCCGGAUGUUCAUCUGUUCGUUAUCACGUGACAGAAAGAGAGCGUCACUUGUUGAAUUUUUGUCUGAUUUGCAACGUUGGGAGAGUAGAGAGGGGCUGGAGAUACUUCUGUCAAAGUCAGCCUCCAGCUACUUUACAUGACGCUCCUGAGGAGCAAAUCGCCUUUCAUACUCACUCAGGCGACUCAAUGAAGGGGAACGGCGACCUUCUUAUUUUUGACAAAAUCCUCACUAAUGUGGGUCAAGGUUACAAUUCUACAUCCGGGAUCUUCACGUGUCCUAGCGACGGCCUUUACAUCUUGUUAUGGAGUCAACAAAGCAGAAACCAUAAUCAGUACACCGCAACAUAUCUCUUUGUCAGAGGUCAACCCGUGAGAAAACUGCGGAGUCGUUUAGGAAACCUUGCCUCUGACUUUGUUAUGAUUCAGCUUCAGACUGGGGACUCGGUGUAUGUAUGUAGCGAUUAUAGGAGCGAUUCUAUUGGCAGUUCCUCCCAGUUCUCAGGAUGGGCUUAUAAAGAACCAGAGGCGAUCCAGCAUUCAGUGUUUGGGCAGCAGGACAGACAGUUCACGAGACAGUGAAUUUCGAAAAAGCAUCGGUCAACGACGGGAAUAUCUUUAAUGAAUCUGACGGGACGGUUUAUGCUCAGCG